AUGGAAUGGUUUCUGAUAAUUGUAACGAUAGUGAUGGCAUUAUUGUUAUUAUUUGUGAACUUCUACUUACUAGUUUUAUAUUGUCAUCGUAAUUUAAUGAAAUCUAUAAUAAAUAGCUGAAGAUAGUGGUUGGGGUUCAUCAUUAGUAUGCAAAGUAUUUGUGAUUUUUGGAAUGACAUUGACUUGGGCUUAAGUUUUGAUGUUACCAUUAGAUGCAGCAAAUUCAAGGUAAUGAAAUUAUUAAAUUGAAUUAGAGGACUUGGAGAAGGCUUGGAUAUGGAUUUUUUUUGGAAAUUCAUAUAUAUGCUAAUUUUGAUAUUUGGAACACUAUUUAUACCAUUUGCUUAAUACUAUUAUGAAUCAGAUGAUGAGAAGUCUAUAAGUUAACGAUGUUGUGCAGCUCUUUAUUAACAAUUAUGUUUUGUGAUAAUUGUAGCACUAUUGCUAUUUAUUUCUUAUGCAUUUUUAAGAUUUGCUGAUAUUCCAGUCUACAUAUCAGUGAAAUCUUGUUCAUAACCAACUCUUUUCUUAGAUUCUGAAACACCAUUUACAGGUGUAGCAAAUUCUUUAUAGGAGGAUUCUGAAGACACUUUAGAAUAUGAAGUUAGUUUUCCUGUUUAUGUGAUGGCAUUUAUGUCUUUAUUUGGAUAUUGUUUAUUUGUGCUAUUUGGUGGAGUUGGUUUAACAGCUUUACCAGUAGAUUUAAUAUAAGAAUUUAUUCAUAGACCUAAGAAAUUGACAUCUGCUGAAGGAGCAUAAAAGAAAGGUAGUUUAAAGAGGAAAGCCUUUGAAUUGAUUGAAGAAGGCAAUAAAGUUAGAGAUGAUUAAAAAGAUGCUGUUGUUUAAGAUGGUUGGUGGGCUAGAUAUAGAGAGAAAAGAAGAGUGAGAACACAAUUUACAAAAUAUAAGAAUGCUGUUUUAAGUUUAGAUAGAGAUUAUGAAAUAUUUAAACUAGAACUUAAGUAUUAUGAUACUAAUCCUAUAGUUUGGUAUUUUAAAUUAGUUAUUGGAGUGAUAUUCUGUGUAAUUUCUUUUAUAUGGUGGUUGCACAUGUAUUAUUUAAUUUAUAUUAAUAGAUUAUUAUUUAUAGUAAUAAGAGAUGCAGAUGGAAUAUCAGCAAGUUCUUUUCUUAAUAAAAUAUUGAUUGGUUUAGAAGAUGGAAAUGCUGGAUUUUUAUGUGUUGGUAUAUUUGGAUUCCUUUGUAUAUAUUUAUUAUGGUGUACAUAAAAGGGUAACAUUAAAUUUGGUCUCAGAAUUCCUUUUCUGUUCUCUUUACAUAUAAUGAAGUAUCAUAUUAUUUUAUAAUUAUAGAGUAAAUGAGACUUGGAUGAAUACUUUUCUUUUUAAUGUAUAACUUAUGUUAAUCUGUUCAGUUGCAGUUACAUAAUUUUGUACCAAAGCCUUUUCCUAAUAUAUUAGAUUAAGCACUCUCAAUAGUAAUUAUUUAUCUUAUAGUAGUGUUAUUUAGUACUCAAAUAUAAUACUUACGUUUCUUUACUUAUUUAUAUUCAAACAAUGUCUUUGAAAUCAUUCUACUAGUUUGGUCAGUUUUAACAAUGAUAUAUUUGCUUAUCAGAAGAUCAGACAAACCUAAAAUGCUUAAGGAAAUCGAAGAAAUGUAAAAACAAUAAUUCAAAUGA